AUGACUUCGCCUAAUCAAAUCCCCAGAGGCUAUGACUCGCGUCAUGGUUCUAGAAUUAUUGUCGAACCAACCCCCGAGAACCAGAGGAUCUAUAAUGAUAUUCGGCAGACGCAUGAACGCAUGCGCCUGCAAACUCAUGUUGUCUCGCAACAGAACUUACUACCUCCCCAGGCAGCUCCGUCUAUUGGUAGUACUAUUCAUUCGCCAACAGAUGAGCCUGGCACGCCUUCCACCCAAGAUGCAACGACGCAGGAUACAGAUCGAUCCAGACGUCAGCGAGGUAGGAGGAAAGGACCGCUGGAGGCACGUACUAGGUUGAAUACUGCACUCAAGCGGAGGCUUGGGCUUACUUGCCCGCAUCACCGGGCUAAGAAAACAACGUGUGAUUGCCAUGAUUUCCGUCUUCUAGAAGAAGGUUAUCAAAACACCUUACUUUCGCGACCCCCAAGUCAUGGCAGGUCGCAUGGUCGAAACGAUAUUCUGUCGCUCACGCCGAUAGAACGAAAUUGGAAUACGUUUGGUGCUGGUGGGGCUGCGAUGGUGUCGUCAGAGCAAGACUUCAUACCGAACGACUCGAUUGACCUACAAUCCUCAAUCGGAAAUCAUGGGGCUGUCCGCUCAGAUGUACAGCAGAUUGUGAGCGGAUUCGAUGCCGCCUCGGUACAUCUAGACAGCGCGAUGCUCCAAGCCCCGGGACAAACAUACCACCCAGGUAACGAUAUGGGUGCGCAAUCACCUAACGGGCAUAUACAUCUCGAACUCCUCGAGAUUGGCAGCCAGAUGGAGAUAUACCCAAAUCGCUGGCAAUGCGAAUAUAAGGGUUCAAUAGAUACUGCAUCGAACACUUCCUCAGAAACCUGUCACUGGACGGGACCGCUCUGGGAGCUAUCUAACCAUUUUAGAACAAGACAUCAUCCCUUUCACGAUGUCAAUCCACGCUUCUGGCUCGUGUGCACACGUUGUCGCGCUAGAGCUCGAGCUCCUGACGACUUAGAAUCCCCUCUAUCUCCAUUCCGAUGUACCAGAGAGAGCUGCUUAGGUUCUUGCCAGAGAUGGUACUACGGUUCCACAAGAGAUGAAUCGGUCGCAGGGUCGGCGGUGGCCCUGACCCAAUCUAGCGAGUCUGAAGCCGGUUAUUCUUGGACCUUCCAGCCGGAAGGAAACCAGCCAUGGAGUGGUGGGGGGGCCUCGAACAAUGGAUAUGGAUCGUAUUUCGGUGCCAGCAACCCGCACGAACGCCCGUAUUACCACAAUGCUAAGUGGGAAACCAGUAGUGAUUCCUCCACUCCCCUCACUGACUGCAGUGAUUCCCCACGAAAACCCCUCCGCCCUGCUCGGAAAUACUACACUGGGUGCAAAUCACCUCGCCAGUGCCCCAUACACUUACUAUCUUUUGCCAAGUUGCCCAUCGGCCAUCUCCUCUCAAUCAUCGUACCCUUAUUAGCCACUAUUAUUCGAGAAAGUAGUCAUUUUACUGAACCAGGUCCAUUACCAUCUCGCGCAAUUAACACAAACGCAUUUAGUUGGUGGUCUCUGAUACUGGUCUUGAUUGGAUUCUUGGCGACAUGGUCAUUGAAAGACCGAGCUCGAUCUCGGGGUUUUAACGAGCCCAUCUAUCGAGAUCGCCGCCGCCAGCAUCGUAGGGGCCAGUUUCCCUGCGACGAGGGUUUUAUAAUACGUCAUUUUAAUACCUUGAUGACUUGA